GUGAGGCCUGGCGCUGGCAGAACCCUGGCACAGACAGAACUGGAAAUGGGCUCCAAGUACCCCCCAUCUGUGCGCUGCUGGCUACCCCUGUGGGCCUUGACGCUGGAGGUGGCUCUCAUUCUCAUCUUUGCCUUUUUCACCACCUAUGAUGUGCCCUCAGGGAAUCAGAAGCAGAUCCUGGGGACCUAUCAAGUCCUCCAGGAUUUUACUGUCAUGGCGGCCCUUGGCUUUGGCUUCCUCACCACCUCUUUGCGGAGACACGGCUGGAGCAGCGUGGGCUUCAACCUCUUUAUGCUGGCUCUCAGUGUGCAGUGGGCUACCUUGCUGGAUGCGGUCCUGGAGCAGCCCUUCCAGAAGAAAGUGAUCAUCAGUCUGUCUAGGAUCCGGCUGGCCACCAUGAGCUCCAUGUCUGUGUUGAUCUCGGCAGAUGCCGUCCUGGGAAAGGCCAACUUGGUGCAGCUGAUGGUGAUGGCUCUGGUGGAGAUGACAGCAUUUGGUGGCACGAGGUGGAUCAGCAGGCAGAUCAUCAGGGUGAACAGCCAUGAGGUCACAAUGAACAUUUUUGUGUUUGCGGCCUACUUUGGGCUGACUGUGUCCUGGUGCCUCUCAAGGGCUCUGCCUUCAGGACUGGAUAAGAAAGUGCAGACAGAGAAAGUUCAGAUGGCCAGGAGCUCCUGCCUGUUUGCCAUGCUGGGUACUCUCUUCUUGUGGAUAUUCUGGCCAAGUUUCAACUCGGCUCUGCUGGUGAAAGGAAGUGAAAGGAAGAAUGCUGUGUUCAACACCUACUACGCCCUUGCAGUCAGUGCCGUGACAGCCACCUCAGUGUCAGCCUUGGCUCACCCCCAAGGGAAGAUCAACUUGAUUCAUGUCCACAGUGCGAUGCUGGCAGGAGGCGUGGCUGUGGGCCCCUCGUGCCACCUGAUUUCUUCUCCUUGGCUCUCCAUGGUGCUGGGCCUUAUGGCGGGAUUGAUUGCCAUUGGGGCAGCUAAGUGCCAGCUGGUGUGUCUCAACCGGGUGCUGGAGAUUCAGGACUACAGUGGCGUGCAUGCCACCUUCGGCUUGCCGGGUCUGCUCGGAGGCUUUGCCUACAUCGUGAUGAUGGCGCAUCAAGUUUACUGGAAUCCCUUGAUUGGCUACCAGGUGCUUACGGACGUGGGGGAUCUCUGCCUGGCUGUGGCAAUGGGCAUGGCGUCUGGCCUCCUCACAGGCGUGAUCCUAAAUCUCAAAAUAUGGAGAGCACCUCAUGAAGCUAAAUAUUUUGAUGACCAAACUUUCUGGGAGUUCCCUCACUUGGCUGUUGGACUUUAAACAAAAGCAUCCAAGAAUAACAAGCCUGGCUGACCUCGCGAACAAGACCCUACCCUUCCCGUUGCUUCCCUUGUAUGUGACAAAUAUUCAUUAUAAAGAAGUCUUCUACCUACAAUGAGGCAAGGUCGGAGAUAAAUUUGCUCGUAAUGAAUAGACUGGAAAUUUGCUUGUCUAAAUAGUCAUUUAUUAGUAGUUUAAAAUAAUACCUUUGGUUUCAUUAAGCAUAAUGCUAUCUGUAUUUUUGUUGCAAACACAUAAUUAAAGUUGUGGUUGAAUUCUA